GCGAGAGGAGCGGGGAAGAGAGAGGUGUGUCUCCCUUUAUAUUCUCCUCCCAACUUCCGCCAAGCCCGGGAUCUGUCACAACUCGAGAGGUAGAAAUUCUGGUUUCCCUCGCCCAGAGCUCCCAGUGCUGGCUUUGGCACGAUGGGUACCUGGCGGGUCUCACUCUUGGCCCAGCCGGGCUGAGCCGCUGUCCCCUGCCGCUGGGGCCCCCACUCACCUUCUUUCUUCUGGAUGGCACCUCCACCCGAGAGUCCAGACGCCUGGGUUCUACACUGUGGCUGGCUCAAGGAGCCAUCUGGUGACAGCCUCUGGCUGAGCAUGGCCCUUCCAGCCCUGGGCCUGGACCCAUGGAGCCUCAUCGGCCUUUUCCUCUUCCAACUGCUGCUGCUGCUGCUGCCAACCACGACCACAGGGGGUGGUGGGCAGGAGCCCAUUCCCAGGGUCCGAUACUAUGCAGGGGAUGGACGCAGGGUCCUUAGCCUCUUCCACCAGAAGAACCUCCAGGACUUUGACACUCUGCUCUUGAGUGCUGAUGGAGGCACUCUCUACGUGGGGGCCCGAGAGGCCAUUCUGGCCUUGAAUAUCCAGGAUCCGGGUGUGCCCAGGCUGACGAACAUGAUAUCCUGGCCAGCCAGUGACAAAAAAAAGAGUGAUUGUGCCUUUAAGAAGAAGAGCAAUGAGACCCAGUGUUUCAACUUCAUUCGUGUCCUGGUCUCUUUCAACGCCACCCACCUCUACGCCUGCGGCACCUUCGCCUUCAGCCCUGCCUGUACCUUCAUUGAACUCCAAAAUUCCUAUCUGUUGCCCAUCUCGGAGGACAAGGUUGUGGAGGGGAAAGGGCAAAGCCCUUUUGAUCCUGCCCAUAAGCACACGGCUGUCUUGGUAGACGGGAUGCUCUACUCCGGCACCAUGAACAACUUCCUGGGCAGCGAGCCCGUCCUGAUGCGCGCGCUGGGAUCCCUGCCUGUGCUCAAGACGGACAAUUUCCUCCACUGGCUGCAAUGUAAGAACCUGAGCCCUGCCCAGGACAGGUCUGGUCCCCUCCCCCCAGUCACUCUGCUCCUUGCUAAGGGCAUACAUACCACGUGCAGGGCAGUCCUGGUAGGCACUGGGGCACAGCAGGGAAGGAGACCGAGCUCCCGUCCCCGACGUGGGAAGGAGAGGCAGCUAGAGAGGCUGGCACAGCCCCCCACAUUCCUGCCCUCCUGGGGUUCCUCACCAAGGGUAGGCCAGGGCUGGAGGGGGAGCUUCCUCAUAGAGCAGAGGAGAUCACAGACCAUGUCCCCUCUGGCUGUCUCCAGGCAAAUCGGUGGGACCAGGAGCUCAGCUGUCUGUGCCUUCUCUCUCAAGGACAUCAAGCGUGUCUUUGAGGGGAAGUACAAGGAGUUGAACAAAGACACUUCACGAUGGACUACUCUUAGGGUCACUGAUAUCAGUCCUCGACCAGGCAGCUGCUCGAUGGGCCCCUCCUCUGAUAAAGCCUUGCUCUUCAUGAAGAACCAUUUCCUGAUGGAUGAGCAGGUGGUGGGAACGCCCCUGCUGGUGAAGUCUGGUGUGGAGUACACACGACUCGCAGUGGAGACAGCCCAGGGCCUUGAUGGGCACAGCCAUCUGGUCAUGUACCUGGGCACCACCACAGGGCUCCUGCACAAGGCUGUGGUGAGCGGGGACAGCAGAGCACAUCUGGUAGAGGAGAUCCAGCUGUUCCCUGAGCCUGAGCCUGUUCGCAACCUGCAGCUGGCCCCAACCCAGGGUGCGCUGUUUGUCGGCUUCUCGGGAGGUGUCGUCAGGGUUCCCCGAGCCAACUGUAGUGUCUAUGAGAGCUGUGUGGACUGUGUCCUUGCCCGGGACCCCCACUGUGCCUGGGACCCUGAGUCCGGACUCUGCCGCCUCCUGCCCACCUCCAUGCCGAUGUCCUGGAGUCAGGACAUGGAGAAAGGGAACCCACAGUGGGCGUGUGCCAAUGGCCCCAUGGGCAGGAGCCUCCGGCCUCCGAGCCGCCCCCAGAUCAUUAAAGAAGUCCUGGCCGUUCCCAACUCCAUCCUGGAGCUCCCCUGCCCCCACCUCUCAGCCCUGGCCUCUUACCGCUGGACUCACGGGACAGCAACAGUCGCAGGAGCCUCUUCCAUGGUUUACAACGGCUCCCUCCUGCUGCUACUGCGGGACGGGGAGGGAGGCCUCUACCAGUGCUUGGCCACCGAGAACGGCUUCUCAUAUCCUGUGGUCUCCUACUGGGUGGACAGCCAAGACCCGCCCCUGGCCCUGGACCCUGAACUGGCCGGCAUUCCCCGGGAGCGCAUGGAGGCCUCGCUGACCAGGGUCGGUGGUGGGGCCGCGCUGGCUGCCCAGCGGUCCUACUGGCCCCACUUUCUCACUGUCACUGUCCUGCUCGCCUUAGUGCUUUCAGCAGCCCUCAUCGUCCUCCUCCUCUCCCGACUGGGGGCGCUCCGAGCCCGGGGCAAGGUCCAGGGCUGUGGGGACCUGCCCCCUGGGGAGAAGGCCCCAUUGAGCAGGAAGCAGCACCUCCAACUCCCCAAGGAGCACAGGACCUCCUCCGGUGAUAUGGACGCCGACAGCAACCACCUGGGCACCGAGGUGGCUUAAACUCUGGGCACAGACUGAGCCGUGGGGUAGUGCCUGGCCGUGCUGACCGGGGUGCCUAGAGCAGUGCGGACCUGACUAGCGGGGAGCAGCACAAAAGAUCACCUUCCUCCCUCAAGAGCAGCUUCUCUGCCACUCUGUGCCACCAAUAGCACUCCGUGGGCUGGGCACGGUGGCCGGCUCCCCUACAGGAUUCCCCUGUGCCAAGCGCAUGGGCUCUCAGACGGGGGCUGCCGCAGGCCUGGACCGAGGCUAUGAUAGGAGGACCUAGAGAGGCUCCUGCAGUUCUGGCCAAGCUGGGACCCCCCAGAAACAUACUGAUCCAGGAGACCCUAAAGCAUCUGGCUGUUCCAGGACCCUGGGGUAACCCACAGACAUCCAAGCAA